GCAAUUCUUCACUAAAGUGCUGUUAAGCAAAGGAAUACGUUUCAGGAAUGACUUUAGAAAAAAAUGUGGAAUUUGCUGUAAACAUAAAGUGCCAAAAACAAGUUGACGCUUUAAAAAAAACUCUUAGUGAAAUCAAAAUAGAAGAUGCUUCUAUAUCUAAGGAAAACAAGAGUUUGGUGGUAAAGUCUUCUCUGCCCUCUUCUCAAAUUUUAGCGAAGAUCAAAGGAGCUGGAUUCGAGGCAGCAAUCAAGGGUGUUGGUCCAGCUACAGGCGAAAACAUUAGUGCGGCUGUCUGUGUAUUGAACAAUGAAAGAAUUAAGGGGAUCAUUCGAUUUGUCCAGACUAGCUCUGAGUGUAUCAUUGAAGGAACCAUCGAAGGUCUUUCACCCGGUAAACAUGGAAUUAAUAUUCACGAACAUGGAGAUAUCUCAAACAGUUGUCAAAACACUGGACAGCAUUACAAUCCCUUUAACGCUCCACACGGAGGCCCCAUGGAUCCCCCGAACGAGAGACACGUAGGCGACCUGGGCAAUGUCGAAGCAGACAAUCAUGGGCGCGCGGUAUUUGUUGUAGAGGAUGGGAUAAUAUCCGUGGAAGAUAUAAUAGGAAGAGCAGUCGUUAUUCACGCACAGGAAGAUGAUCUAGGACAAGGAAAUAACCAUCUUUCCAAAAAAACAGGCAAUGCAGGAGAGGCGAUUGUAUGCGGAAUCAUCGCUCGCUCAUCAGGACUUUUUCAAAAUAAAAAGCAAAUAUGCGCAUGCGACGGCACCACGUUGUGGGAGGAGUCAUAG